GGGUGUGUCGUGAAAGAUACGCGGCUGCAGCACGUACCACAUCGAUGGCCAUUGUUCCGGUUCCUCCUGCUAAUGCAGCUGUUAGCUAACAAGCGCCUAGCAGCUAGCCAGUUGACGUAGCUUAGUGUCGUUUUUCCACAAUUAAGUUGUGCGUUUUUACUUUGUACCAUUCAUUUGGAAUAGUGACCCAUGUGCGUCUGACCGAGCCAACCGUAGAGCAUGCUGACCGCACAGAGGGCAUGUGCAGCGCUGGCUGCCCGCCACCUGGUUGGAGCUGGUUCUGCCUCGGCGCACACACACCGCUCCCUGGUCCACACUUCCGCGCCGCGGUGGGACCAGGUCGAGCUGCAACCCGAGUGGGCCACUCUGGCUAAGAAGCAGCUGAAAGGGAAGAACCCAGAGGAUCUGAUCUGGCGCACGCCGGAGGGAAUCGACAUCAAGCCCGUGUACACCAGAGCAGACUCGGCCGAGCGCGGUGAUGAAUUGCCCGGAGUGUUUCCUUAUACUAGAGGGCCCUAUCCCACCAUGUACACCUCCAGACCGUGGACUAUCAGGCAGUACGCUGGCUUCAGCACCGUGGAGGAGAGCAACAAGUUCUAUAAAGAUAACAUAAAAGCGGGACAGCAGGGUCUUUCCGUGGCCUUUGACCUCCCGACGCACCGCGGUUAUGAUUCAGACAACCCCCGCGUCCACGGAGAUGUCGGCAUGGCCGGAGUCGCCAUAGAUACAGUUGAGGACAUGAAGAUGCUUUUUGACGAAAUCCCACUGGAGAGGAUGUCUGUUUCAAUGACAAUGAAUGGGGCGGUCAUCCCUGUAUUGGCUAUGUUUAUUGUGACCGGAGAGGAGCAGGGUGUGCCCAAAGCCAAGCUAACGGGCACGAUUCAAAAUGACAUUUUGAAAGAGUUUAUGGUACGCAACACCUAUAUUUUCCCCCCGGAACCUUCUAUGCACGCCAUUGCGGACAUCUUCGCUUACACCUCCAAGCACAUGCCCAAGUUCAACUCAAUAUCCAUCAGUGGAUACCAUCUUCAGGAGGCUGGAGCCGACGCCAUCCUGGAAGUGGCCUACACCAUCGCUAAUGGUCUGGAGUAUUGCCGCACUGGUCUGAAAGCAGGCUUGACCAUCGACGAGUUUGCCCCAAGGCUUUCAUUCUUCUGGGGUAUCGGGAUGAAUUUCUACAUGGAAAUUGCUAAGCUGAGGGCAGGCAGGAGGUUGUGGGCCACGCUCAUCGAGGAGAGCUUCAAGCCCAAGAAUGCAAAGUCUCUUCUCCUCCGCACUCACUGCCAGACUUCAGGCUGGUCUCUCACGGAACAAGAUCCAUACAACAAUGUGAUUCGAACGGUGAUCGAAGGCAUGGCAGCUGUGUUCGGGGGCACGCAGUCACUCCACACCAACUCGUUCGAUGAAGCUCUGGGCUUGCCCACCGUGAAGAGUGCUCGCAUUGCUAGAAACACCCAGAUCAUCAUCCAGGAGGAGUCAGGCAUUCCCAAAGUGGCCGAUCCCUGGGGGGGCUCGCACAUGAUGGAGUCUCUGACGGAUGACGUCUACAAAACUGCCCUGAAGUUCAUUAAAGAAAUUGAAGAGAUGGGAGGCAUGGCCAGCGCUGUGGCAGAGGGCAUUCCAAAACUUCGGAUUGAAGAAUGUGCAGCACGUCGACAGGCCCGCAUUGACUCUGGAUCAGAAGUCAUUGUCGGGGUGAACAAGUACCGUCUUGAAAAAGAGGAGAGUGUAGAGGUGCUGGCCAUAGAUAACACUAUUGUGCGUCAGAAACAGAUUGAAAAAUUGAAAAAGGUUAGGGAAAGUCGUGACCCUGAGGCGGCGAAGAAUUGCCUGGAAGCCAUCGAAGAGUGUGCCCGAACCAGGGAAGGCAACCUUUUAGCCCUGGCUGUGGAAGCUGCUCGAGCCAGAUGCUCCGUUGGUGAAAUUACUGACGCCAUGAAGAAAGUGUUUGGCGAGCACAAGGCCAGCACCAGGAUGGUGAGCGGGGCUUACCGCAGCGAGUAUGGGGAGCAUGAAGAGAUCUCCCUGGCUCACAACAGAGUUUCAGAUUUUAAGACACACGAGGGCAGGAACCCUCGACUGCUGGUGGCAAAGAUGGGGCAGGACGGUCACGACAGGGGAGCCAAAGUCAUUGCCACAGGGUUUGCCGACCUGGGCUUUGACGUGGACAUCGGCCCACUGUUCCAGACUCCCGUCGAGGUGGCCCAGCAGGCCGUGGAUGCAGACGUUCACUGCGUUGGGGUAAGCACACUCGCCGCGGGACACAAGACCCUGGUCCCGGAGCUUAUCAAGGAGCUAAGGAAGCUCAACAGGCCAGACAUCCUCGUCAUCUGUGGGGGCGUCAUCCCACCGCAGGACUACGAGUUCUUGCACCAGAGCGGCGUGUGCGCCAUCUUUGGUCCAGGAACCAGGAUCCCACAAGCCGCAGUGGAUGUUAUUGACAACAUUGAGAAGAGUCUGGAAAACAUCCGGCAGGCCAUGUGAACUCUUGAAAACAAAUAAAUGAUCUAGGAGGAAAGGAUAUCAAAAGCUCGUCUAUUUCUGCUUUUAUAAAAAACAGUCACAAGUGAGAGCCAACAUUUUCUGUACAGAGUCGGUUUGACCUGGUGUGUGAGGUUAUGGAAAAACAAAAAAGCUCAUCUAAAGCUCAACAAGCUCACAGCAUGUACUGCUGUCAAAAUUGGUAACGAGCGGUUGGGAUGUCAUGGUUGUCUUCACAUUGAAUUCUCUGUUUAUCAGAUUUGAGUGUAAUCCAUUUUGCUAUAACUUCAUAAAGAAAAAAGAAAUCACAUUACAACCACUGUUUAGUGUCCUUUCAUAUAUGGAAUCACACAAAAAGUAAAGAGAAACUGUCACAUUUUGUCUCCAUAACAACCCCUCAUGUGUGAAAGUCAGGGUCGGAAAAUCUCCUUGAAAUUCCGGAUUAAAAGUGCGAGCCCACCCUAAGGAUUUUAAUGGGGUGUACUUCAAUGUUCAUGAUGCAAAUUAGACUUUAUACAGACUUUCACACACAUUUAAACAAAUUAAGAUUUGCUUAACCAACAGUGGCAUGUGACGGAUAUGUGCCUUGAGACGAGCAACAUGGAGCAGUUUUUGUAAUCCCAUAUAAAACCAUAGGACAGCACUAUACACCUAGGAAUGUAAUGCUUUUAUUGUAAUAAAGGAAUGUGUCAUUGGCAGUUACCGAAGAAGAAGUAUGAUUAGUGCCAGUGUAGUGGAGAAGAAUGGACAAAAACUUGUUGGACAUUGUGGCCUUGUCUUGUUUGGAUCAUGUUUCAUUUAACCAACUUCUGUUCAAACAGAAAACAGGACUCGCAGUAGUCACAAUUUAUAUAAUUCGAGUAUUUUUCUGUGUGCUUUUGAAUUUGAUUCGGCGCCACUUGGUUUAAAUAAAAUAUGUGAACUCUG